AUGGCCACUCAAACCCUAAUCCUCCAAAACCCUGCCUUCUGUAUCAGUCAACCCAGGGCCACCGCCCUCCGCCGGAUCCCCAAGCCCACCUCCGCCGUCUCAUUCAAGCCCAGCCUAUUGUCCUCCCGAUCAAUCUCGAAGCCUUCCCUUUCCCGGUCGUUGUGCCGCCGGAACCAUUUGAGUUUAACUCCUGUUAGAGCUUCCUCUCCUAUUAUCGCCGCCGAUGUCAAUAGCCCUACUCCCUCUCUACUCACCGGUUCAACCCGGACUGUUACGACGCUACUGGCAAUCGCUAUCGCCGCCUCAAAGGUGUUUGCGAAUAGACUUGUCUCCUUUGCCCUGCCGUUGAAAGGAGCCGUAAUUAACUCCGCCGGACCUGCUUUUUUCGCCGCAAUUGACCAGACCUCUGGGUCGUUGAAUACCCCGUUCACGGUGGUUGCUGCUGGAAUGGCGAAGUGGUUGGACAUCUACAGUGGGGUUUUGAUGGUUAGGGUUUUGCUGAGUUGGUUCCCAAAUAUUCCUUGGGAUAGGCAACCAUUUUCUGCUGUGAGGGACCUCUGCGAUCCCUAUCUGAACCUCUUCCGCAAUAUAAUUCCCCCAAUCUUCGAUACGUUGGAUGUUAGUCCACUUUUGGCGUUUGCUGUUUUGGGAACACUUGGCUCGAUUUUGAAGAGCAGCAAGGGAGGAUUUUGA